CACCCUUUCCUCUCGCGUCAACCACUGCCAAUGUCUUUGGACGUUGUCCGACACGAUGAGUGCAGUUAAUCUUCCUAUUGGGACCAUCGUCGACGUCCCCGUCGGACGCGGGGUAAUUCGAUGGAAUGGAUCGUUAAGUGGGAAGCCAGGGAAGUUCUUCGGUAUCGAAUUGUACGAGCCCAAUGGGAAGAAUGAUGGGACCUUCGAGGGCCAGGCGUACUUCAAAUGUAGGAUGAAUUACGGCUUAUUCGUGAGGCCUGUACAGAUAAAAGGAACGCAUGGUAUGGAACAGCAGCCAGUAGCGGGACCAAGUCGACCGGCACCGAUUGCAACUAGGCCGUCAUUUGGCCACCAGCGAACUCCCAGUGUUGGAGUGCCUCGGUCAAAUUCGGUACGGACGGCUUCACCAGCCUCGUCAGUGCGGUCAAAUAGUCCAGUGAAACCUGUGGCAACGCCCGUUUCACGAACAAGUCGAUUAGGACAGCCGUCACCGACGAAGAGGCAGCCUCCAACCACCCUGCAAGUCCGUAAGUCACUCAGUGUACGAUCCAGCCCGCCGGAGACAGCAACUCCUUCAAGACCUUCAACAAAGACAUUGCUACGGAAUGGCCCAUCACCUAUACAGAAACAGACAUCCCCGCCGAAUGGCACAACAAUUCCACGCGUCUCUUCUCCCCUUUCUCACUCUCCAUCUCAACCAGCUACGCCUCCGUCACCUCAACUUUUGCAUCAUUCCGCGAGGGCGCCUUCUCCUUUGGUUCCACUUCCACCACCUCCAGACGAGCAAGAACUGCAUGAGCUGCGCGCCAAGGUACGCGUCUUGGAGGCCAAACGUGCUGAUGACGCAAGGCAUGUCCGUGAACUAGAAACGCGACUUUCUGAAGCAGAGUCAUUUGUCGCUCUACGUCCCAAGCUCCAAGCAAAACUCAGUUCUCUUCAAACUGAUCUCAUAGCCACUAAACGCGAACUCGCCGAUGCUCAACAGUUGGCGCAGUUGUCCGAGACGCGCCUUCUCGAUGGUCAAGAGCUAUUAGAGAUGGCGAUGUUGGAUAAAGAAGUUGCUGAGGAAAGAGCGGAGAUGGCAGAGGCAGAGCUGGAGGAACUCAAGGAUCGGUUGUCUCUCGCUGAGGUAGAACUGGAAGUCUACAAGGAAGAGCACGCAGAUAUCUCCAUCGAUGAAGAAAGCAGUAAUGCCGGCAAAGAUUCCGUGGCAUAUCUCCACCUUGAGAAGCAGAAUGAACGACUUAAAGAAGCUUUAGUCAGGCUACGCGAUAUGACACAGGAAACAGAAAUGGAACAAAGGAGGAAGAUAUCGGAGAUGGAAAAGGACGUCGGGGGGAUUGAAGAUCUUCAGUCCCAGUACGACUCCGUCGUUAUCAAAUUAUCUAAUGCAGAAGUCCAGAUCGAAGACCUCAAGCUACAACUUGACGAUGCUUUGGGCGUAGAAGAGAUGCUCGUUCAGCUGACAGAGCGCAAUCUCAUGCUUGGCGAGAAAAUUGAAGAAAUGCGGAUUACGAUCGAAGAUCUCGAGGCAUUAAAGGAACUUAGCGACGAGCUUGAAGAAAACCACGUUGAGACUGAGAAGGCCCUCCAUGAAGACCUACAAUCGAAGGACAUGCAAAUUCAAGAACACGUUCGAAAGGUCGAGGCCCUAGAGGAAGCUACUCUUGACUUAGAAGGUACCAUUCUUCAAUUCAGAGAACUCGUUCUCCAGCUUCAGACGGAGCUUGACGCUCUCCGGUUACAAACGCAGACUGCCCAAAGCGAGUCCGCCACAGCGGCAUCCCAAACGGCUGCUAUGAUAUCCUUGAACCUGAAGCUCCAAUCCUCAGCUUCUAAGAACCAGGCUAGGAAUAUUGAUCUGGAGCUGAAACAACUGGAAGCAAGAGAAAGCAGAGAAUUACUGAGUAUCGUCCAGCCCUACUUGCCUCAAUUGUAUCUCGAGACAGAUAGUGAUGCAACUAGUUGUUAUCUGUUCUUCCAGCGCCUAGCAUACAAAGCAGACUUAAUAAAUACCGUCGUCGCUCAGGCGCAUGGGUUACCUGAAUCACUCAAUGGACCAGGUUCCGAUGUCCUCGUCGGUAUCUGCGAUCUCCGUGGUCGAAUUUCCGCUGUAUCCAUUCUCUGCAAGCGUUUUGCCGCUAUAUUGCGCAAAUGCGACGUGGAAACCUUCUUGAACAAAGGCCGGAUAUAUCCCGAGAUUGCACCGAUGGAAAAGCGGAUUGACAUGCAUAUCGAUCUUUUGCGACGAGAUGCGUUCCGGGAAAUGGAAUGUGCUAGUGAUAUUGAAAAGAUCCAAGCACAAUUUGAUCAUCUCGCCGACAAAUAUUUCGAUGGCUUUGAUUAUGACUUGGGAGAGCGGGAGCAAGGAUAUGUUACGGCUUUUGAUCUUGACCUUGAUAUCUUUGCUGCUGCCAUUGGUCUUACGAAAACAUCUGUAGAAGCCAUUCUCAAGGAUGAAGAUGCUAUUCUGGAUAUGGGUGGUUUGAAUAUCGAUACCGAUCUAUUUGAGCCAUUGCAGAAGCUCUUAGAUCAGUGCAAGAGCGCUAAGAGCCUGUCUAGGAAAUUGACCAAGCGGACGGAGGAGUUAGUUAAAGAAUCUGCACAUCUUAAGUCGCACGUCGUGCCCCAUAUGCAAUCUCUAAGCAAUGCUGUACAAGAGCCUGUCAAUUUCGCAAUCACUUUGGCGAAACAGAUAAUGCCCCAUCUGAGUGAUGUGAGAAGUGCGAAGACACCCUUCCAGCUUAACACGAUUCUCGGUUAUGUUAAGCAGGCGACUACCACGACUGUGGGUAUGGAUGCGAAGAUAGAUGCUUCUUUCUGGGAGCCUAUCGGAGCUUCUCUCAACCAGCUCGUACAAGAGGGUGGGAAGCUCCUACCACUAAUUAUGGAAACCGAAAAUGUUGCAAAGUCAUCGAGCAUAGCACCAUGGGUGACUCGGGUUGACGAGAUAAAGGCCACUUUAGCAGUCAAUAUCGAAGCGGAGAGGAAAGUCGCGCAACUGAACGACGAGAUUCAAGGGCUUGUCCGGAGCUUGAAGACCAAGGACCAAAAUAUCCAAGAGUCAGGUGUCAAGAUCGAGCUCAUGCAACGACGAAUAGAGGCGGUCAAGAAACAGGCAGAUACGAUCGCUGAUCUUGAAGGCGAGCUGGCCAAGGCUCAUAAGCAAGAGCGCGCCUAUGAAGAAGCUAUGGAGCAACUCCAAGCCGACUUGGAUGCCCUAGAGCAAGACAACGCCAAGCUGAAGACCAUGACAGCUGGUCAUGACCGUCAAGUCCUGGGAGUCCAACCGGUGGAAGCUGAACCUAUGGCCGUCGAAGGAAGCCUGGAGACGUCCUAUUUGUUGGAGCAGAUCGAGGCUCUUCGAGGAACGGUCCGAUUCCUCAGGACGGAGAACUCUUAUCUCAAGGGACAGGACCUGCUACGCGAGAUCGAGACGCUCCCGCCGCUCCCGGAACCAUUUGUGCGCUCGCCAACGCCACCCCUCGACCCAUCCGGAUUCUCUGAUACGGACGAUUCAGACUCGGACCGGUCUCCUUCACCUCCAACGCUACGCUCUCUCACGACGGAGACGAAAUUGUUGUAUCGAGAUGUGAUCAAGUUCUCGACCUCGCCUCGCGUGGUAGACCUGUCCGCCAUCAAUGCGCUGCGCGCGGAAACCAAGAGCGGUAAAGUAUGGCUCCCCAAGAAGAAAACACCUGCUCACCAGGUGCUGGAGCGUAAGUUAGAGGCGGAGCGCUUGAGUAGACGUAUGAUGGGUCUUCUGGAUAGGGCCAGUGCCGUAUCAGGAUUAUGACAGCCUCCAAGUUAUGCUCAUGAUACCCUCGCAUAUGAUACAUACCACACUCGUUACUGGAUCUAUUGUCAUGAUAUGCAUAUUGGAUAACUUAGACUCACUCUAAACA